AUGUUGGCUCGCUUUCGUGAAUAUUACCACGAUAAUGCUGAUCAACUUCGUAAAAUUGAUGAAUUUGAAAACCUGUACGAUCCCGAGCACAUUCUUUGGUGGUAUUCAUUGCCUGCCUAUAUCUCGGACAUCAUCAACAAAGCAUUGCGUGCAUUGGAUAUCAGCGCUCUAUACGAUCUUCGAUAUUGCAUUAUUGAUCUUUGCCAAGCCUUAGAUGAAGCUCGUGAAAAUCGACCUGUUUCUUUCACCGUCUACCGGGGUGUUCUUUUGCCUAGGGUAGUUUUUGAAGAGACUCGUCAUCAUAUGGAAAGAGGCGAGCUCAUUUCUCAUUGUGGCUUCUUGUCAACCUCUUCGGACCGUGAAGUAGCAAUACAAUUUGGCAUGAAUGAUGAAGGGCGCGAGGAUUUGGUUGAAAUUCUUUAUGAAAUUGAAGUGCCACCGAAUUUGAAUAACGUUGUCUGUGCUGACAUUAGCCGUUUCAGUUCAAUUUCGAAUGAAGAGGAAAUUCUUUUCGAUCUCGACUCAACAUUUGAAUUGGUUGAUGUCAUAGCCGUUCAAGAGUCCAAAAACGAGAGAUAUGUGAUAUCAUUGCGAGCGAGCGAUCGCGGUAGUGAACUUGCUCGAAAGUAUAUUGAUGAAAACAAUCGGGAAAUGCGCGAUCUCACGGAAGAUAUACUAUUUGGCAAAUUACUUGCAGAUAUGGGAGAUUCUGUGCAAUCGGAGCUUUACUUUCGUUUGAUGGAACGUGACAGAGGAUCUAAAAUGAUUAGAGAAAAACGCUCCGUUCUCAUAACCAAUAUUGGACGAGCUCUAGUGUUGAGAGGCGAUUAUGAUCGAGCACUUUUCGAAUACGAUCGCGCUCUAGACCUACAGUUGGAAGAGCCUCCGCUCAAAUUCUUAAUCGCUUGUAAUAUUGUCAACAAAAGUAUUGUUCAAAUGUCUCAAGGAUAUUUUGAACAGGCCUAUAAAGCCAUACAGAAUUCAUUACCCACGUUCUUUGAUUUCGGUGAAUUACGCUUUGUAGGCGUUACACUUCUCAACAUGGGCAUGAUGGUUCAUCAACAAGGUCGAUAUGAAGAAGCACUUGAUCUAUUGGAUAACGCACUUGAAGCGAUGAAAGAGGGCGAUCUAAAUGAUGAUCAUGAUAUGAUAGCGGAAGUGAUUCUUAAUAUUGGCAAAGCAAAACAGGGCAUGGGCAAAUUGUCUCAAGCGAUGGCUGACUUUGAUAAAUCGCUUGCAAUACGUAAACGUUUCUUACCUGCAAAUCAUUUUGACAUUGGUCGAACGUACUUAUGUAUGGGCAUUGUCAAAUGGAAACAAAACGAAACUGAAACUGCUGUAGAACUUCUUCAACGAGCGUUACCUUUUUACGAGAAAAACUUUCCCGAAGGACACUCUGAUCGUACUUAUGCGAAAAGAGCAAUAGCUAACGUGUAUGUAGAUCAACAAAUGUAUGAUUUAGCACUGGAGUUAUACAAAGAAUGUCUUAUCGACUGUCGACACUUUUAUCGAGACAAACAUAGUACCGAGGGCAGUAUUUUGAAUAAUAUUGGUCAGGUGUAUUCAUUAUUGGGCAAUACUUCACUAGCUCUUGAAUAUUUACAAGAUGCUCUUCGAAUACAUGAAACGACGCUUCAUCCAAAUCAUCCUGACACGGCCUCUAUUUGUUUGAAUCUGACUUUGAUCAUCAGUGGAAAUAAAUUCGAUGGUGAUUUGACAUUAGCUCUUAAUUACGCUAAACGUGCUCUCGAAAUUCGUCGAGCCACUCUAUCGAGUGAUAACAUUUUAUUGAGUCAAACUGAAGAAUAUGUUCGUAUACUCGCUAGAUUCGAAGCUCGAAAAUACUACUUCGGACACAUAGGACCAGAUCCAGAUAAUCCACGUAUUUCUUAA